GGAAUCAUGAUAAUUGUGACAAAGUGAAAACGAGAAACUUAUUUCUUAUUAUACUUAAGCAAAAGAUAAAGUCAUUAAUUAAACUUGAUAAAAAAAACAAUGUAAAGUAAAUUUAAACCUACAACAAUGCAUACAACUAUGUCCUAAGAUUUUAUUAUAUUUAGCGAUAUGUUUACAAAAAAAUCUCACCAAGAUGUCAAAAAAUCAACAGUUAAAAUACAAGACUCUAAGAAAGACUCUACAACCCGAUUAAAACAUUUGAAAAUAGUAUUAGAACAUUUUGAUGCAGAUGAAGCAAAAACAUAUUUCGAAACAAAUUUCAGCCAUGUCUAUUUUAUUCUGUAUGAUAAUUUCAUUUUGGCAGAAAAUAGUUUACGACAAAGAGAACUUCCGUUCCACCUUGUUCACAAGGCUGGGAAGGAGGAAUUGGAAGGUGCUCUAGCACUACUUGAAAAAGUUUUGUGCCUGCUACCGGAGUUAUUAGGUAAAAGAUGGCAAUUGCAUUCACUAACAAGAAUAUUUUCCAAACUCCUCCAUGGUGGUAAUUCUCAAAAGCUCCGUGCAGAUGCAAUAAGAUUUUUUUUAUUAUGGUAUCAAGCUCUUGGUGAUAAUGCCCCAAAUGAAGUUCAUAGGAUGUUUGCUUCCCUUGUGCCUGGCUUACCAGACUCAUGUUUACCUCCAAUUGGCUCACCAUUUAAACCAAAGGUCUAUGAUGUAGUAACAAAUAUAUCACAAGAAAGCAGUGAAUUUAAAGUGGAUGAUAUUUUGCAACAUCCGAAUUUUGCAUCCACAACAGAUAAUGUGAAAAAAGUUGUUGUUGAACAAACAUCAACUGGAUUCAUGGGUAAAUUAGCAAAUGUGUCAGCUUCAAUAUUCCAUGAUACAAAUGCUUUGAAUCCUGUGCAAAGUGUUGACAUUCAGCCCCUACUACCUCCCAGUGCAAGCGAGAAAGUAAUUGAAAAUGAAACUAAACACUUUUUUGAGGUGUUACUUGAUGCUAUGGCCACAUCUGUUACUAAAGUACACUGGAAGGAUAGGUCACAUACAAAAGCAAUGAGGAGUUUUGCAUUUUUAUUAGAGAAAUUUAAAAUAUACUAUUUACCAGUGAUAUGUCCACAAUUUAAUUAUAAAAAUUCUCUAUAUAAGCCAAAUCUAGAAUUGCCAGUGCAACAUAAUAUAUUGGAAGAUGACUUUGCCCUAUGCAGAGUGGUGUUGAUAAAAUGGGUGGCUAAUUAUACCCAUUUCAUGAAGAAACAAGGCAGUGACGGUGGCCAACCAUCAUCAAUGACCAGCACGGGUUCACAUAUCGCUCACUCCAACACACCCACGCCAGCAACUUCAUUACAUCAUGAAGAAGAAACAUCAUUUACUGUAGGCCACCCUUCAGAUUCAAGUAGAGCAUCGUCGCACGAUUCAGCCACAAAUACACCUCAUCCAAGUUUAGAAUCUGGAUCUGGGAUGUUUGAAGAAUUAUCAUCGGAUCAAGUAGUGCGCGACGUACUGUGCUGUUCGUCGCGGGAACACGUUGAUUUCACAAUAGAAGUCUUGCGUCAAGCAUUUCUGCUGCCUUUCUCACAUGCUGCGGCUGUUAGACGAGUCAUAGCCCUUUAUAAGGACUGGAUCCAGAUGAACGUUACUGAGAUACCACCAUUCUUAUUAGAAAAUACAUAUGAUCAGCAAGCAAGUGGUGAGCCACAAGUGCCACCCAGAAGACUGAGAAAUGAUUCUUACUUGGGAGCAGUGGGUAGAGACAAUCUGAUGGUUCGGGCUGGUUUACAGAAUGUUCUACAAGUGUUCAUGACGCAAGCGGCGAACGUGUUCGUGUGCGGCGCGGGCGUGGCGCCGGCGGGCGGGCCCGCGCCGCACCAGCUGCUGGACGAACAGACCGACACGUGCAAGCGCGUGCUCAACAUCUACCGGUACAUGGUCAUGCACAUCGCGAUGGACGACCGCUCUUGGGAACAACUUUUGUUGGUUCUGCUUCAAAUAACUUCAAUUGUUUUAACUAAAAUUCCACCAAAGAAGAAACAAGAUACUCUAGGCGGGUUUCUAGCUCCAGCUUUAUUCCAAACAUUAAUUGUGACGUGGAUUAAGGCAAAUCUGAAUGUGGCUGUAAAACCAGAGCUUUGGCAAAGUUUUAUGGAACUAUUGACAAGGCUCACGCACUGGGAAGAUUUAAUAAAGGAAUGGGCGAAAACAAUGGAGACCCUCACCCGCGUGUUAGCGAGGCACGUGUACUCACUUGAACUGUCAGAGUCGGGGUCUAGUGGGGCAGGGGACGGACGGGGGAGGGGGCGAAGACCUGCGCCCGUGACCUACACGCACCGGCCUCCGCCCCUGCGCAGGCCUGCUCUACAACCAUGCGCGGAUACUAGAACACCCGGUAAAUCACCCCGUGUGAGUCACGAGGUGCACCCGCGGAAGGACGCACGGAGGCCGCUAGCGCGUUGUCGCAGCGACCCACACUUGUCGCGACACACACACCAAUGUGAGGAAACUAAAGACGCCAUUGACAACAAGUCUCGACGAUGGUAUUCGCUGGAUUCACUGAGACAAUCAUCACAGCAAGGAGAAGAAAGGGAUUCAGCUAGUGGGUCUCGCUCACCUUCGCCUGCUCCAUCAAGCGGCGUUGAAAGUAGUUCUAUUAAAGAUUCGCCGUUACAAAUAGACUUAGCAUCUGAUGGUGGUAAUGUUGAAUGGUCGGAAGCGGAGGGCGGGGGCGAGGGCGGCGGCGGCGCGGGCGGGGCGGGCGCGCUGGGCGUGGGCGUGGUGGUGGGCGGGCGCGCGCGCGGCUGGCUGCCCGACGUGGCGUGGGUCAUGUGGCGCCGCAUGCUCGCCGCGCUCGGCGACCCCAACGCGCUGCGCGACCCGCACGCGCACCAACACCUCUUCAACUACCUGAUACACCUCAACGCGACGCUGCUCAAGAUAAGCGCAAAUCAAACGCUUAAUGGGAACACUGAGAUCCACGUACCUUUCAACUUGGUGGCAGGAUGGUGUCUGGAAGCGGAGGCUCUCCCACCAUCACACAGGGCGGGCAAGUUACUGGCUCUCCGUCUGCUGUGCGAGUCGACGCAAGCGCAGGGCCCCGGCGCGCCCUCGUCCUGCAACAACCGGCUGCAUCUGGCGCACUUGAAUCUGUACCAGCGGGCUUUGCAUCAUGGUCUGACAGGGGAAGAUCGUUCAGUUGUAGACGUCCUAGUGGAGUUCGCUGCGCCGCGCUAUCUCUCUCUCGCUCUCGAUGGAUACUCUCUUUUACUGUUGGACUUCGUACACGCAUCCACCGUAGUACUCAACUCUUCGGAUAUGGGACCGUCUUGUCCUAGAACGGCGGCGGUCACGUUUCUGGGCUCGCUGCUCUCUCUACCCGACGGGCUGAUGAAUGCGCCCAUGUUGCAGCCUUAUCCUCAUCAAUAUAACACUGUAUCUUGUCCUGAUCUUAAGGAGCACGUGCUGAACAUAGUGGUGCGCGUGUGCCGGCGCGAGGGCGCGGCGGCGGCGCGCUGCGCGGGCGCGUGCGCGCUGGCGGCGCACGUGGCGCACGCGCUCGCCUCGCGCGCCGCCUGCGAGCGCCUGCCCGCCUACGUCACGUGCCUGCUGCAGAUGCUCAUGAUGAAAAAUAAAACCAUUGCCAAAGUCGUAAGCGAUUGUGUACUGGUACUGGCUGACUAUACGGAUCGAAUCGUGGAAAUGUAUCCGGGAUUAAUAGAGAAAAUGAUAAAGUGGAUAUGCGCGUGCCUAGCCCAAAUAUCGCACGCCAGCGGCAGGGACGCGGUGAAGCCGCUGGCCGGCUCGCUGCUGCUCUGCCUGGCCGAGUUCGCGGUGCGCUGCGGGCCCGCGCUGCUCAUGCGCGAGCGGGACGGCGAGCAGACCCUGCUCCUGAUGAUAUUCCGGGUUUUGUAUGCUGUAAUGAAGGGCACUAAUGGUUCAGAUAUCGAAGGUUUGACUUUGCCAGUCGAUGAAGAUUUUGAUCCGAAUAUCCAGCUUGAUAACCUUGGGCCAAAAACCACUCCCGCUUCGAGUAUUGAUGUCAAAUUAUGGGCUCAGACGAUCUGCUCGCAACUGGUGCUGUACCUGGGGCACUGGCCGCUGUGGGCCGGCUGCCAGCUGUCGUCGAGCGUGUGCGAGCAGCACGACAGCGUGCCGCCGCUCGGCAGCGAGCUGGGCCCGCCCGUGCUGGCCGCGCCGCACAUCCAGCUCAUGCGGCUCAGCGACUCCACGCUGGCGUCGUUCAUCGAGCUGCCCGCGCUGGACGCGUCGCAGGGGGGCACCACGCCCGGCCUCAUAACAUCGGAUCGCCAAGUGCGUGUGAUUCUGCGUGAUAUAACCGGCAAGGCGUGCUGGGACGCGUCCGCACUGUACUACGACCCCGCUGUGGCAGCCGCCGACGUACUCGAGUCGCUGCCCGUGCCCACUGUUGUGGACAGUCCCCGAGACAAUACGCUCUCGUCGCUCCCGCCGCCCUUACCGCCAGAUCUUCUGCCCGACUACAGAAACUCACCGCCGGAUAAACAUCAAUUAGAUCAUGUGCUGGCGUACAUAGGGCACACGUCGCCGGAGGUGACGUGCGGGCGGCGGCUCGACGAGGCGGGCCCGUCGCCGCUGCCGCCCGGCGCCGAGGACGAGCUCGUGUGCGCGCUCGUCGCGCACCGCAACGCCGAGCGACACUACCUCGCCAAUAGGGACACCGAGGAGGAAGUGGAGUCCGUGGAGCGGUCGUCGCAGAGCAGCGUGAGCAGCGCGCGCAGCCCGUUCGCGUGGAGCCGGCAGCUGGUGGCGCAGCUGGGCACGCUGGCGCCCGCGCGCCGCGCGCACGCGCACCUGCUGCGCCGCACCGACCGCCUGCUGCGCGAGCUGCGCAACCUCGACGCGCAGAGGUGCCGAGAAACACACAAAGUUGCAGUGAUUUACGUUGGGAAGGGCCAAGAAACGCGGAAUGAAAUACUGUCGAAUCGUUGUGGAAGUCCGGCCUACGAAGCGUUCUUGGCGGCUCUGGCUUGGGAGGUGGAGCUGGAGAGCCACGUGGGGUUCGCGGGCGGGCUGCGCGGCGGCGGCGGCGGCGGCACCAGCGCGCCCUACCUCGCCACGCUCACGCUCGAGGCGCUGUUCCACGUGGCCACGCGCAUGCCCGCCGACACGCCAGACGCUAUACUCAACAAGACUCGGCACUUGGGUAACGACGAGGUGCACGUAGUGUGGAGCGAGCACUGGCGGCCGUACAAGCGCGACACGCUGCCUACGCAGUUCUGCGACGUGCUCAUUGUGCUCUACCCACUACCCGGAGGCCUGCUGCGUUGUACUGUAUCCAGGAAACCUGAUGUGGGCGUGUUCGGGCCGCUGUGGGAGGAGUGCGUGGUGCGCGCGCGGUGCUGCGCGGCGCUGGUGCGCGGCGCCGCGUUCGCGGGCGGGCGGGCCGUGCGCGCCACCAUGCCGCUGUACCAGCACGCGUGCAGCGAGCGCGCGCGCGACCUGGACGCGCUCGUCGCGCACCACACGCUGCCCACGCCCUUCGAGACCUUCGUCACGCGCGUCCGCGACCCCGUGCACGCGCACCCGCCGCCCGCCGGUGCGUACUCAUCGUGUCAAGUGGUCGUAGAUCAGAACAGCGGGCGGCUGGCGGCGGCGCUGCUGGACCACGGCGCGAGCACGUGGGCGGCGAGCGGCGAGCCGCACUCGGUGUCGCCUCGUCCGGUCAAGCGGCUCGGCCCCUUCAAGCGGCCGCAGCCCGCCGCGCCGCCCGCGCCCGCCCCUGCGCCCGCGCCCGCCCCCGCCCCCGCCCCCGCGCCCCGCCGCAACCGGUGAGCGGGCCGGCGCUCGUGACGCCACGCCGCUUCGACUCCUGACGAAUAUGACCAGUGCUCGAUGACCAUCUGCGGAUACUUCGGACUCCCAGGUUCAGUGAACGACUUACUACUACUAUCUCAACGUCGUCUGCCCAUCGGUGUCAUGACGUUUGUGUAAUAAUGCUAUGAUCAGAAGAUGCGUACUGGCAACAAAGAUAAAGCUCUAAAAAAAUGCAGUACAGAUAAUUAUAUUUUUCUGCAUUUGGGAUCAUCUGGGUGCGGAAGGUGCCCAGAUCUACUGCAGUAUGUUAUUAUAUUUUUACUAAUAUAUUAUUGAAAACGUAUAAGGCCUACUGCUAGAGAAUAUUAUUUAUUUAUUAUUUUAUAGGCAUAUAUACAGAAUCGAUCACGCUUACCAACGAGAACUUUAUGGUCAAAUCUUUCACCAUAAAUUAUUAAAUUAAUGGGAGUCCUAAAGAACAAUAAGAGUCGAAACUCAAGUUUCCUUUACAUAAUCUUUAUAUCGAAACAUUGAUAAUUAAUAGUAAGUCACUUUACAAAAAAGGUAUUGCUAAAUUUACUCAUCUUGUAUUAAUAAAUUAUGCGACGCUCAAUCAAUGUACAGUUUAAAAUAAUAUUCUAUGUUGCAAUGAUUGAUAUGUUGCUCGGUAUGAAAGUAAAUAGGUAUUAAAUUUGUAUUUCAUAAGAUAAUAUUUAUUUAUUCUACAUUAAUAUAAGGAACACACUAAUUGACUGAUAUGACUUGUAUGGUGGCACAAAUCGAACGACGAUAAAUUCAUAACAGAUUUGUGAAUUGCAAAAAAUAGCAGUCGAAAUAACGAAUCGUCCAAAAAGAGAUUCUUAGAAUAAGCACUAAUGCAGACUUAAUGAAAUUUUAUGUACUUAAUAAUUUAUUGCAUAAGUUAUUUAACAUUAGUAUAAUUGCAUUUAAAUGUAAUUCUAAAGUAUGCAAGCCUUAUUCAAAUUUUUAUAUUUGCCUAGAGCCUCAAAAGUGAGCUAAAUUGUAACGUCACAUUGUGAUUAUGUAGUUUGACUUUACGCAACAUGUAAUAUUUAAUUUAAACUUGCGGAUGUAAUAGUUUAAACAACAACUUAAGUAAUCUGGUUGCGGGGUGUGUUCAUAUAAGCUAUUAUAAAAAUGUUAUUAUAAAUAAUAACUCUAUUUUAGAAAUAGAGACAUAUACCAAAAUAUUUAAGAUAUACUAUAUGAACUCAUCUUGCUUAGAUUUGCUAUAAUUAAAAUAACACUCUAUUUGCAAUUUCUAUGUUAUGUGAAUAUAAACUGUUACUUGUUAGCCCAAAGAGCUACAUGCAGUUCUUGAAGCCAAAUUAACUGGCACCAAAUUUGUUCUUGCAUCUGUAAAUAUGUAAACUACUUGUAGAGCUUUAACUGUUGUAGUGUUUUACAAUAUUCUAAUAUUUAUUUUUAUAUAGAUGUUCUAUAAAUAUGGCUCUAACUCUUAUUGUGUUAACCUUUGGCUGUAGUUAUGUUUUUAUUUUUUUAUUAUACGUUUUUAAAGAUCUGUUUAGUAUUAAAUUUUUGUUGUAAUCGUAAUUUCAUUUAAUGUUUGAUCAAUUGGGUUCAGUUAUGUUUUUUUGCCAAGUAAUAAUUUUUUUCUUGUGAAUGUACUCAUUUCAUAAGUACAAUUAAAAUUUUUAAAUAUGUAUAUUAGUUUUAAGCUCUCAGACCUAUGAAACAAUCUUAACACAAUGUGAACUCAAGUUAUAUUGCAUUCCAAAUAUACAAUUAAUAGAAACCUAAAUUUUCCUUAUUACUGAAACCCCCUUUUUUCUGUUUGUA